AUGCCACUUGGAAAUUGGAAACUCUAUAAAAUCUCUACCUCUGAACCCCUUCUAUCAGGGUUGAGCACCAUGGCUUUGUUUUCAGCAAAGGCACUUGUGCUUUUACACUUCUUGGUUAUAUGUAGCGCUGAGGUUGAAGCUGUGAAUGCCGCUGGGCAGCUGCCGUACUUUCCUUCGGCUGAAGCCCCAGCACCGUCGCCGAAAGGUAACCACCACCACCAUCCUAGCCACCCUCCCACUCAGCCACCUGCUAAGCAGCCUCCUACUCACCCACCGGUUAAUCCUCCAACUCACCCCCCAAGCUACCCUCCCACCAGGAAAUAUGUGGCUGUUCAAGGCGUUGUGUACUGCAAAUCCUGUCAGUACAAGGGGAUUGACACUCUCAUGGGAGCUUCUCCUCUUUCAGGAGCGGCGGUGAAGCUUCAAUGCAACAACACCAAGUACCACCUGGUGGAGCAAGUCACGACGGACAAGAACGGGUACUUCUUCAUAAUGCCAAAGAUGCUGACAACAGCAGGAUCCCACAAGUGCAAGGUGUUUUUAGUCUCUUCACCCAUGGCCAAUUGCAGCGUCCCUACCAAUCUGCACGGCGGAGCUGGUGGCGCCAUUCUGAUGCCCGCUACCAAACCGCCAGUCACGGAGCACCCGCUUCCCUUCCAGCUCUUCACAGUUGGGCCUUUCGCCUUUGAGCCCCACAAGAACGUGUCGUGCCAUUUCUAG